AUGGCUUCAACACACCUGGCUACAACACACCUGGCUUCAACACACCUGGCUUCAAACACACCUGGCUUCAACACACAUGGCUACAACGCACCUGACCUCAACACACCUGGCUUCAACACACAUGGCUACAACACACCUGGCUUCAACACACCUGGCUUCAACACACCUGACUUCAACACACCUGACUUCAACACACCUGGCUUCAACACACCUGGCUUCAACACACCUGGCUUCAACACACCUGACUUCAACACACCUGACUUCAACACACCUGGCUUCAACACACCUGGCUUCAACACACCUGGCUUCAACACACCUGACUUCAACACACCUGACUUUAACACACCUGGCUUCAACACAUAUGGCUACAACACACCUGGCUUCAACACACCUGGCUUCAACACACCUGACUUCAACACACCUGGCUUCAACACACCUGACUUCAACACAUCUGGCUUCAACACACCUGGCUUCAACACACCUGGCUACAACACACCUGGCUUCAACACACCUGGCUUCAACACAUCUUGCUUCAACACACCUGGCUUCAACACACCUGGCUUCAACACAUCUUGCUUCAACACACCUGACUUCAACACACCUGGCUUCAACACACCUGACUUCAACACACCUGACUUUAACACACCUGGCUUCAACACAUAUGGCUACAACACACCUGGCUUCAACACACCUGGCUUCAACACACCUGACUUCAACGCACCUGGCUUCAACACACCUGACUUCAACACACCUGACUUCAACACAACUGGCUUCAACACACCUGACUUCAACACAUCUGGCUUCAACACACCUGGCUUCAACACACCUGGCUACAACACACCUGGCUUCAACACAUCUUGCUUCAACACACCUGGCUUCAACACAUCUUGGUUCAACACACCUGACUUCAACACACCUGGCUUGAACACACCUGGCUUCAACACAUCUGGCUUCAACACACCUGGCUACAACACACCUGGCUUCAACACAUCUGGCUUCAACACAUCUGGCUUCAACACACCUGGCUUCAACACACCCGACCUCGACACACCUGACUUCAACACACCUGACCUCGACACACCUGACUUCAACACACCUGGCUUCAACACACCUGGCUUCAACACACCUGACCUCAACACAUCUGGCUUCAACACACCUGGCUAG